CUCUCCUAACAAGUGUCAAAUUUGCAGUAACUGGAUUGCCAUCUGCUUUAAUUUCUCUAGUUAUGGCAAAACUCGAAUAGCCUGGGAGGGCAUCUAGAGAGCAUGCCAUCAAGUGGGGCGGUGGUGGAGAGGGACCCAUCAUUGUAUGGCCUUUUCCUAUUGGCCAGGGUGCUAAGCGUGAGGCUUUUCUCCUGCCACCAUGGUGACCACAUAUGGUCAGGCCCGUGUGAUUGUUUGUGGCUGCUGGUCCUUGGCCAGCCAAAGGUGCCGAGGUUGCAGACAUUUAGUACAGCAAGCCAACAAUCGCAGGUGGGAGACAUAUUACAAGAGCUGACGCAUGUUUAAUUAUUUGACUAUCCAACGCGGAGUCUGCCAUACAUUUCGUCUCAAAGGGGCGUGAGAUGCAGCAUGGAUGCUGAAAUUUGCACGUAGAGCCACAUUGCAAGACAAAUAAUGAAACGUGCCAUGAAAGAUACUCUGCUUCUCAGCAUGUAAAUGCGCGAACUGAACUGAGACCUCCAUCCUCAUCAAAAGCUGGACCAUUGAAUUCAAAGUCAGCACACCAUCCUCGAAAUUUAGCCAGCCCAUCAUGGGAAGGAAACUAAUCAACAAAUUCAAAAGUGUGAAGAAAACGAUUGGCAACUUCAAAUUACUUCCGUUCACGUGAACGGGGCCAGCGGCCAGCUAACGGCUCCUGUCCAUAAUAAUUUUCCAACUAAAAGGGGCGGCCGGUAUAAAACGCGAGAGAGUGCAGUCGACCUAAUAAUAUAAUAGUUUUCCAGCGCCCCUGGGUCCCGACCUGUCCCGUGCCGUCGACGCCCAAAGCCCAACGGACGUAACCAGGGGAGUCGCCGUUCAACCUAACGACUUCUUCCGCCACCCAUCGCUGUGCAGACCGUUGGACUCCCGUUGGAUUCAAAGCCAUGCAAAACAAAAAAAGAAGACCGGCAAUAACGUCCCUAUCCACCAUCCCAUAAAAAAAUUAGAACUGGUCUUGAGGUUUAGGAAUUCCAGAAAUUAUUGUAGUCUCAUUAGAUCUUUUCUUCACUGGAAGCCUCUGAACUCGGCCGUUUAUAUCCCACCAAAGUUAGGAGAGUUAAAGGAAGGAAGAAUUAAGGCGGGGGCCGGCAUCUAAGCCCAAGGGAAACCAAAGCUUUGGACUUUGGUGGUGUUCUAAAGAUAAACUUGGUUUCCUUUUAAAAGGGAGGGAUCUUUGCAUAUUUAGCCUUUGAUUUUCUCAGGGGAAGGAGCGGGGAGAGAGAGAGAGGCAGGGAUGGAUGCGGGCAUCUCGUUCUGGCAAGCCAUGACCCUCUCCUCGAUCCUGGGAUGGGUGCUGGCGUCGUCGGUGUUCGAUCUGACCCGGAGGGUGAGAGCCCUGACCCAGCCCUGGGUCACCCGCCGCGUGAUCGUGGAUACCCCCUUGAUCCUUGGGUUGCAGUGGAUUCAGCAUCGGUUCUUGGACGAUAUGUUCUCGGUGCUGUCUUGUAUCGUGUCCGUGCCCUUUUACACAGGAUUUCUUCCUCUUCUCUUUUGGAGCGGGCAUGGCAAAUUGGCCAGGCAGAUGACCCUGUUGAUGGCUUUCUGCGAUUACAUUGGGAAUUCUAUAAAGGAUAUGAUAUCGGCUCCUAGACCCAGCUGUCCUCCUGUGAGAAGAGUGACUGCUACUAAAGAUGAGAAGGAGAAUGCCAUGGAAUAUGGCUUGCCUUCUUCACAUGCUCUCAACACUGUCUGCCUCUCUGGAUAUUUGCUUCACUAUGUUCUGAACCACGGUGUUCAAAAUGAUGGUGUUGCAAUUGCUGUUGGGUUUUCUCUUGUUUUCGCACUGGUCAUGCUAAUUGGCAUAGGGAGGAUAUACUUGGGUAUGCAUAGCUUGAUUGAUGUUGUUGCGGGAAUCAUCUUUGGGCUUGUUAUCCUUUUCUUUUGGUUGACAGUUCAUGGAUACGUUGAUGAUUUUAUUAUAUCUGGGCAGAACGUUACAUCCUUCUGGGCUAGUCUUUCUUUCCUGUUGUGUUUUGCAUAUCCUACUCCAGAAUUUCCAACCCCAAGCUUUGAAUACCACACAGCGUUUAAUGGUGUUGCAUUUGGAAUAGUCAGUGGAAUCCAGCAAACUUACUUUCAUUUUCACCAUGAGAGGGUUCCACACAUAUUUAGCCAAGAACUACCCAUUCUCAUCUUCUUGGGAAGGAUGUUGGUUGGCAUACCUACUAUACUUGUAGUGAAGUUCUGCAGCAAGGCUAUAGCGAAGUGGUUGCUCCCCGUGAUGUGCAACACUUUGGGCAUCCCGAUAGUGUCUUCAUGUUAUGUCCCAGCAUUGAGGGGAUCUGACAGCAGUAAGAGCAAGUCUCAUGAUAAGCAAAUGGGUUUUCUUCAGAAAGUGACGUCCUUGUUCCCUCAGAAAGCAUAUGAUGUUGACACCGGAAUAAGGUUUCUCCAGUAUGCUGGCCUUGCAUGGUCGGUGGUUGAUUUGGUCCCAUCACUCUUCUCUCAUUUAAAUUUGUAGCAGGUAUACAUAAUCCACGGAUGAGAGUUGUACACUCAAUAGCCUGUUUCAAUUUGAAUUUCUCAUAAUGACCUUGCACGGUUGUAAAUGAAAUCAUUUGUUGACAUCAGUUUUGUAAAAAUUAUUGUCUUUCAAAUAUGAGAUACCUGUGGCUUAAAGCUGUC